CCAGAUUCGAAGGAAAACACACGAAUGCGAAAAGCUGCAGCUCUUCACAAUGCCUUUGGCCAGAGAUUUGAUCAACCCGUCCUUUGAUUUGGAGAGGAGGCAGCACAAGAAGAAGAGGCUUGUUCAGAGUCCAAACUCAUACUUCAUGGAUGUAAAAUGUCCAGGCUGUUAUAAGAUCACGACGGUGUUCAGUCACGCGCAGACGGUGGUCCUGUGUGUCGGUUGUUCAACAGUGCUCUGCCAGCCCACAGGAGGAAAAGCAAGACUCACUGAGGGUUGCUCUUUCAGAAGAAAGCAGCACUGAGACAUGAAAAAGGGAUGAAGACGCUUUGAAUACAAAGAAACUGUCGUGACUUGUUGAUGCCUUACAUUUUCAUUGAUUACAAUGAAUGACCUUCACAUGAUUAUGAGCGAUGUGUGGCAGGUUCUUUCUACCACCACAUCAGCUCAACACCUCUAAAUAAACUUUCUCCUGCAUGAAAA